AUGGCGAUUCCGAACAGCAGAAACUUCGCCAACUGUUACAUGGAACUCUGCAAGCAGCAGCGUCUUCGACCUCUACCAGUAAUCUGCGUGACACUGCCCCACUGUCUAGACUUUACCACCGACCGUGUAAAGAUGGACGACUGGGGUCCCAUUUUGAACUCCUUAUCGCUCGAUCGUAGCCUGCGGUCGAUCAGCGUUCGCAGCAGGUAUCAGUGUCGCAAACCAUUGGAGGAAAUCAAUUCCGAGGACAAGGCUAGAACGAUGGGCAAGGCACCUGUCGUGUUGUCUCGAUAUCUUCUGGAAUGGCUGUCACACAGCGUGGCCCAGUGCGUCAGAAACUCUCCGGUUCUGACUAAUCUAGAGUUGGAGGGCAUCCCCUUUCCGCCAGACUGUUUGGCAGUAUUGUGCGUGGGUUUGUCACACACGCACACGCUCCACUACUUAUCCCUUCAGCGUUGUUACAUCGGUGACAGCUCUUGCGAAGUGCUGUGUCGAACAGUGGCCGACGUUCCAAGCGUCAGGUCGCUGAAUCUCAGCUACUGCGACCUCACGACCAAAUGUGGGCCAGCUCUGGCCGCUGCAUUGUGCAGGCAAAAGCUGUUGCUCUACCACGACACUUGGAAACAGUCGCUUAGGUACCAGGAACCGAAUCUCGAGGCUAUGUCCGGAUUACGUCGUUUGACGUUGAACGAUAAUCCUCAUUUCGGUGACGCGGCGGUGAUCCAGUUGAUCGAAGCAGUCAGAGACAGCCUUUGGUUGAAAGCGUUGGACCUGCAACGCUGCGGAUUGACCGAUAAGAUCGGCAAAGAUCUUCUGGAACUGUUGGAUCAUAACACCACUCUGAGUGUCCUGGAUAUCAGGCAGAACGUGAACUUGAACGAGGCUUUGGUGAAGGAAGUGAUCAAACGGCUAGGAGAGAACAACGUCGACACGAAGAACGAGUAUAGGUGGCUGGGUUUGCCUCAGCAUGAUCGAAGAGUGGCGUCAGCGGAUAAUGGGAAGAGAAACGAGAACGAGAACAAUGGAAGACCUGUACCUAGACCGCGUAGCGCUAUGACAGAGUACGCCAAGAGGCCCUAUCAGUCUGCAUCAAGAAAAACACUGAAUUCGACGAAUAACGUGAAGAAAACGAAGAUGAGGCCUCACGUUCCACCGUAUAAGCCUAGACAACCGCAACAACAGGUGCAACAGCCGAUCGUACAAAACGGUCAGGCCAAAUCCAAAAUCUCUCUGCAUUUAGAUCUCCAAUCUCACAUUCAACCUGUAAUGGGCGAGGCACACGUGAACGCGAACAACGUUCGAUCCUACAUAGACAUUGUCCGAGCUGACACCGAUAGAUCUUCGUCGAAGAACCUGCAGCUAUUGAAAGUCGACGUUGCGACGCAAAUUUCGAGUAGCCAAGACGCGGAGGAUUCCGCGAGAAUUCAGAAGAUUCAGAUUCAACUAGCCGAAGCGAAGAGCGAACACGAUCGUCUGCUAGAGGAGGCCAAAUGCAGCGGAUUACUACUGGCCGAAGAACGAGGACGACGCUUGCUCGCUGAGGAGCAGUUGAACGCGAUGAAGAACAAUCUAGUGGAGCUGGAGAAUGCUCUGAAAGAGAAGGAACAGGAAACGAGAGGAUUUCUGUUGCUCAGUCAGCAGUCUUUGGACGAGAUUUGCAGCUCCUUUGAUAGGUUGCUGAACAUGUUGGACAGCGUGACGAAAAAUCCGAACGCCAGUCGGAGGGAGACCACAGAGGCUGCCAUUGUUAAGGCGGACAUAAAGAGACGGGUCGCUUCUGUCAUCAGAGAAACGAAAUCGGAGAAUCUAAGACGGGGAUUCGUCGUGGACGCAGAUGAAGAGGACUCGAUCAGGUACACGGAACCGAUGAAGAAAUUUGCCAAGUCGGAGAGCGAUAUGAGGACUCUACCUCCGAUUUCGACCAUGCACAUGGAGAGAAAUAUAGGAGACAGUCCGGACAUCUGUUCUUCUCCUUUGCAAAGGGUUUUGCUUCAGGAUAAGGACUCGUUGUCCCCCAGAGCCAGAGUCAGGGCGAUAUUCGCCCAAAUCAUACACGGAGACGCUGUACUCGAUUUCUGUACUCACGUAGACUAG